AGCUCAGAUCUAAGGUGUCAGCGCUGCGUUCCCUGUGCACCCGUCACACGGAGACGCUGUCGGCGUUCCGGGCCGUCCACCCCGACGUGGUGCGGACCCACUUCCCCCCCCUCUACAAGGAGCUGUUCGGGGCCGACCUGGAGCUGCACAGGGACGGCUGAGACCGAGACUGAUCCUCAACGCAGACCAGCUGCAGGAUCGGGACGCACCCAGCCCCGCGUCCACGGCAACGGAGGACGGGACGGUGACACACAGCGUGGACGCUGAACAGGAAGGAGAGAGUCCUCAGUUUGUCUUUCUUCACCCCGGGUGGGCUCAGGUCCCGGAACUGGUCUCAUGUCCCGGAUCUGGUCUCAUGUCCCUGAUCUGGUGUCAUGUCCCGGAUCUGGUCUUAUGUCCCUGAUCUGGUGUCAUGUCCGGAUCUGGUCUCAUGUCCCCUAUCUGGUCUCGUGUCAUGGAUCUGGUCUCAUGUCCCUGAUCUGGUCUCAUGUCCCGGAUCUUUUUUAUCUGGAUUCACCUCUGACACACUGACACCUGGUGUUGUCCUCCUACCCACAAUGCAACAUUUUGUUUUUCUCAGUAUGAAUUAAAAAAAACUUUCUGCCGCUUUUUCCAAAAUUGUUGUUACUUUUUUCCCCUUUUCCGAUGUUUUUGUAACUUUCUCCUGUUUUUUUAAGCGUUUUUGGUCCUUUUUGUCACUUUAGUUAACGUUCUUUAUCAAUUUUAUUUUUCGUUUUGCACCAUUUACCCCGACGUUGUGCGGACACACAGCAGAUUUUUCACACAGCGUGCUCUCAUGAACCAUUUACACAUAUAUCUACGAAAGAAAAUCACCGUUAUUAUUGUGUAUUCUUUAUAUUUAUCAACGUCAGCGACACAUUGACUGCUGCUGUAUUACAGCAAGAAUAUCUUCAUUUGAAGGAUGUCUGGGUGGAUGUUGGACUCCUAAAACACCAGACUUUCUCCAGGAAACAGGUGUUCAUGUCCUGGAGAAGUUAAGGAGAAAAACACAAGACUUCACCCGGAAACAGGUGUUCAUGUCCUCGAGAAGUUAAGGAGAAAACACAAGACUUUCACCAGGAAACAGGUGUUCAUGUCCUGGAGAAGUAAGGAGAAAACACCAGACUUUCACCAGGAAACAGGUGUUCAUGUCCUGGAGAAGUUAA